GGGAGAAACGAGCAUGAAUGAAUCGGUUCCAAGUUGGUGUGCGUGCGCGAGAGCAGAAACAGAGAGAGAAAGUAGGCAAGUCGACUUGCCUUUCAGUCGACAUACGCAGGAAUUUAACAGAAAACAUAGUGUUUUUGAUCCACAAAGCAUUCGUAGACCGGACAUAUUCGUCGUAUCCGUGCUAUGACACCGGGCUGGAAAGUAUCGCCCUGCGAUCGGAGCUGUUUCACGUUGUUGUGCCGUACGAUGCUAGAUCGACCAGGGAUGAAACCGCGGACAGCGCGCCAAAAUCGAAGAAACUCAAACGUUCUGCGAAAGAAUUCGAUGAAGUCACAUUGAAGGUUAAAGAUAAACAUACCGAAUUUUUAAAUUUACAUAAAAACGUCGAAAAAGCGUCCGAUUUUAGUAAUAAAAUUGCUCUAGAGUUUGUAGAUGAGUUCAACAGGAGUGUGCAUUACGAUGUGGAUAAAGUUUUCAACGGCGCCAAUGAUUCUCAGUUCAUUGUAAAAACAUCCAUGAACAACGAAGACUAUAUUAUUCCCCCAAAUUGCCGUUUUUUCAAUUCGGAUGUACGAAAUUUGAGUGAUUUUUUAACUACAGAAGAUAAAUUUGAUUUCAUUGUACUGGAUCCACCAUGGUGGAACAAAUAUAUCCGCCGAACAAAGGCCGCUAAUGAAAAAUCCGGGUACCGAAUGAUGGACAACGAUAGUCUGAAAAGUAUUGCUUUAGAGAAUCACGUUCAUCAUAGAACGGUCGUAGCAAUUUGGUGUACCAAUGCACCAAGCCAUGUUGACGCUAUAGAAAAGCAGCUCUGUCCUAAAUGGAAUCUCAGGCUUGUGGGUACAUGGUACUGGACCAAGAUUACAAAGCAAGGAGAACCAGUUUGCACUUUUAAUGAGAAGACUAAAAAGCAACCAUACGAAAGACUUUUCAUUGCUGUGAGUAGCAACAGUGCGGUCAAGGAUAUUGCAACCGAAAAGUACAUUUUUAGUGUUCCUUGUGCAAUCCAUUCGAACAAACCACCACUUCUAGAACUGUUCACUGAUUACCUUCCUGAGCGUCCAAAGUGCCUGGAACUGUUCGCUAGAAAUGUUUAUCCGAACUUUACCUCGAUUGGAACGGAAGUUUUAAAACUGCAAAACACUCGAUUAUUUCAGCUACUGUCUUCGAAACACGAGGUACAAUAA